AUGAAACAAGUCAGUCCAUUUCCAAUACUACAUGGAACAAGAUGUGCGGGUGUGGUGGCUGCCUCUGCAAACAAUUCCCUAUGCAUUGUUGGUAUUGCUUACAAUGCAAAAAUUGGUGGUGUGCGUAUGUUGGAUGGCGAUAUGACUGAUAUGGUGGAAGCCCAAUCUCUAAGUCUGAGACAGCAGUACAUUGACAUCUACAGCUCCAGCUGGGGUCCGGAUGAUGAUGGCAGAACAGUUGAUGGCCCCGGCCCUCUUGCUCGACUUGCUCUAGAGAAUGGCAUACGCAAAGGCAGAAAGGGCCGUGGCUCUAUCUUUGUGUGGGCAUCAGGAAAUGGUGGUCAAAGUCAAGACCAUUGCUCAUGUGAUGGUUACACCAACAGCAUUUACACCAUCUCAGUAGGCAGCACAACU